ACGUGACCGCGGCGGCGCCUGGGACCCGCCGGCGGCCGGGGCAAGAUGGCCGCGCACCUGUCGUACGGCCGAGUGAACCUGAACGUGCUGCGCGAGGCCGUGCGUCGCGAGCUGCGCGAGUUUCUGGACAAGUGCGCGGGGAGCAAGGCAAUUGUGUGGGACGAAUACUUAACAGGACCAUUUGGACUGAUUGCACAGUAUUCACUACUAAAGGAACAUGAAGUGGAAAAAAUGUUCACACUUAAAGGAAGUCGUCUGCCGGCAGCUGAUGUCAAGAAUAUCAUUUUUUUGGUCAGACCCAGGCUAGAAUUGAUGGAUAUAAUUGCCGAGAAUGUGCUCAGUGAAGACAGACGGGGCCCUACCAGGGAUUUCCAUAUUUUGUUUGUGCCCCGCCGGAGCUUGCUGUGUGAGCAGCGGUUGAAGGACCUGGGUGUUUUGGGAUCCUUUAUCUAUCGAGAGGAAUACAGUUUAGAUCUCAUUCCGUUUGACGGGGACCUCUUAUCCAUGGAAUCAGAGGAUGCAUUCAAAGAGUGCUACCUGGAGGGUGACCAGACAAGCCUGUACCACGCAGCCAAGGGGCUGAUGACCCUGCAGGCGCUGUAUGGGACCAUCCCCCACAUCUUUGGGAAAGGAGAAUGUGCUCGGCAAGUGGCCAACAUGAUGGUCAGGAUGAAGAGGGAGUUCACGGGCAGCCAAAACUCAGUGUUCCCCGUGUUCGAUAACCUCCUGCUGCUUGAUCGGAACGUGGAUCUGUUAACGCCGCUCGCCACCCAGCUCACGUACGAAGGACUCAUCGAUGAGAUUUACGGCAUUCAGAACAGCUAUGUGAAGUUACCGCCAGAGAAGUUUGCGCCCAAGAAGCAGGGCAGCGGUGGCGGGAAGGACCUUCCCACGGAGGCCAAGAAGCUCCAGCUGAAUUCUGCAGAGGAGCUUUAUGCCGAGAUCCGAGACAAGAACUUCAACGCAGUGGGCUCUGUGCUCAGCAAGAAGGCGAAGAUCAUCUCAGCAGCCUUUGAGGAGAGGCACAACGCCAAGACGGUGGGGGAGAUUAAGCAGUUCGUCUCCCAGCUCCCCCACAUGCAGGCCGCCAGGGGAUCUCUCGCCAACCACACCUCAAUUGCAGAGUUAAUCAAAGAUGUCACCACUUCUGAAGACUUCUUUGAUAAGUUAACCGUGGAGCAAGAGUUCAUGUCCGGGAUAGACACUGAUAAGGUCAACAAUUACAUCGAGGACUGUAUUGCCCAAAAGCACCCGCUCAUCAAGGUGUUGAGACUGGUCUGCCUUCAGUCCGUGUGCAAUAACGGGCUCAAGCAGAAGGUCCUGGACUACUACAGAAGGGAGAUUCUCCAGACCUACGGCUAUGAGCACAUACUGACCUUGAACAACCUGGAGAAGGCUGGCCUGCUAAAGGCUCAGACAGGGGGCAGAAACAAUUACCCGACGAUUCGGAAAACGUUACGGCUCUGGAUGGACGACGUCAAUGAACAAAACCCCACAGACAUAUCCUAUGUGUACAGUGGUUAUGCGCCACUCAGCGUGAGACUCGCUCAACUCCUUUCCCGGCCGGGUUGGCGGAGCAUCGAGGAGGUUCUCCGAAUUCUCCCAGGACCCCACUUUGAAGAACGGCAGCCGCUGCCCACUGGGCUACAGAAGAAACGCCAACCAGGAGAAAACCGAGUCACGCUGGUAUUUUUCCUCGGGGGUGUCACCUUUGCGGAAAUCGCCGCCCUGCGCUUCCUCUCCCAGUUGGAAGAUGGAGGCACUGAGUAUGUAAUUGCGACCACUAAACUGAUGAAUGGAAGCAGCUGGAUAGAAGCUCUCAUGGAAAAGCCACGAUAAGUCUGGAAGACGACCAUGCCCAGGACAGUGGUUUUGUGUUGAGGACUAAGCCAGCAUUGACCGAGUGCUUGCUCUUUCCUACAGAGAAGAGCACAUUUGUGUCUCCAGUCUCUACCAGUUUGAUUUCUAAGGCAAGUUUUGUUUCCGUCUGAAAAAUCAAGAAGUUUGGAGGACUUCUUGAUGUAAGGAAGUUCCUGCCCUCUCUGAUUUAGCUGCAUCUGUGCAGGUUCCCUGCCUAUGAAGGACUCUCUGCUGAAGAUCGAGCUGAUUACCAGGCAGCUUCUGCGAAUUAGCCAGCCAAAGGCACUUCUGAGUGCACAUGUUGUCUCCGAGACAGGCCAGUGUAGAUGCCGCUGCGGGGGCUCCAGUUUUCUCCCGUGUCCCUUGUGACCCCAGCAUCCAGCUGAUCCUCCUACUGUGAGUAGUGGCAGCUUUUAAGUUUCUUCAUGAUGCUCUGUCACCGUGGUAACUGCCCUAUGCACCUCUCUAGCACUCUCGCUCUACUCAAGUUGACACAUCCCUUUUGCUUGAAAAUACUCAGCUGCUCAGUCCCUGGCCUGGUGACCGCAGCCGCUGUGGUCAGUCUUAGUCCAGCAGUGGCAGGUGCCACCACUGCUGCGGGAGUGAGCCACGUCCGAGGGCAGGCAUGUUGUGAAGCUGGGAGUUCAUGUGUGUUCACCCGCCUCCUCAUCUCAGCCUCUGGAGCGGUGAAGGGCACCAAGCAUGGGACGCCUUGAUGGCUUUUCUGUCAUCACGCAAGUCUUCAGGAAAAUUAGCCUGUCUCAGCAUUGCCCAGGUCCCAACCCAGGUGUGGUUUCUGUGGUCAAUUCCUAACCACAAAUUUUCUUCUCAUUUUCUUCAUGUAAGAAUUAAGAACAGCCGGGCGGUGGUGGCGCACGCCUUUAAUCCCAGCACUCGGGAGGCAGAGCCAGGCGGAUCUCUGUGAGUUCGAGGCCAGCCUGGUCUCCAAAGCGAGUUCCAGGAAAGGCGCAAAGCUACACAGAGAAACCCUGUCUCGAAAAACAAAACAAAACAAAACAAAAAAAAAGAAUUAAGAACAAUACGCUGCGCAUUGUAAGUGAAAGAAAGCAUUUAAAAAAAACAAAAACAAAAACCCAAAAAACAGGAAUGGGGGCUGGGGAGAUGGCUCAGAGUUUAAGAGCACUGGCUGCUCUUCCAGAGGUCCUGAGUUCAAUUCUCAGCAACCACAUGAUGGCUCACAACCAUCUAUAGUGAGAUCUGGUGCCCUCUUCUGGCCUGCAGACAGAACAUUCUAUACAUAAUAAAUAAACAAACAAACAAAAAACAGGAAUAAAGGGUGGCAAAGAUAAUGUUUGUUUCUCAUGGAAUUAAUUUAGCCUUGAUACUCAAUAUCUGGAGUGGUGGGGGUGGGGGGUUCCCAAACGGGAAACAUUCCUGGCUCAGAACACUCUUUCAGGCUCUGAUUUCCUAGGGAGUUGGUUUUACCAUUGAGCCCCAGUUGGGCUCAUGUCAGCUGCCAGAGAAUGCAAUCCACCUUGUCCUCACUGUUUUCCACUCCCGGGAUUCCAUUCAAGUCUGGUCAAGCCUGCUUGGCUGGGGCGUUUGUCCAGAGAACAGAUACCCGGCUGUAAUCCCAUGCGUCUGCAUCUGUUUCUGAGUCUAUAUUUGCUUGCUCAGAGCAUAGCAAGGUCAGUUCCAAACAUGUCCUCAGCAGAAGACUCUUAUAAAACCACACACUUGCUUCCUUUGUAUACAAAUAGAAAGUGGUGGUAAUCAUACAUUAUGCCCUUUGAUGUCAGUUUAUUUAGCACUCAAAGUUCUUUGUCUCUAAGAGUGUGCUCUAGCUGAAAAGGGUGUGGGGCUGGAACAUUGAUUCCUAGAGAGGGUGGGUGGUUUACACCGUGUCUGUACUUUGGUUGAGUCGGUUAGAUGGACUGUUCUGCUGCACUGGCCAUCCUAAUUAAAGACAGCUACAUAGACACUAUUAAUUUACACAUCUUCUGUUGCCUUAAACCCAGGCCCUAAGUGCUUUAACUGGAUGGAUUGUAAAGCAAGAGAGAGUGGUCUAGGGAGGGAAGCUUGAAAUGGGACACUUCCUAAGAACGCGAAGGCCUCCUCAUGAGCUCCAGUCCAUUCCUGCUCUGCGUGCACUAGAGUCGGGUAUGAUUGGUCAUUGCAUGCUGGUCCGCCUUGUUCUCAGUUAUACAUAAAGGGUUAGCCAAACUGGAUACAGUGGCACACCUGUCCUGUGAGCGUCAGCAGGCUGAGGCAGAGGGAUUGAGAGUUCAAGGCCAGCUGGGUUAUACAUUGAGAUACUGUCUCAAAAAAAAAAAAAAAGAAAGAAAGAAAAAACCUCAACUGUGUGUGUGUGGGGGGGAGAAGUGGGGGAAUUCGUUUAAUAGGUAAUAGAGUGCUGCUGAGUACACAUAUGGCCCUGGGUUUAAUCCUUAGAACCACAUAGAGAAAAAGAAAAAGGCCCCGUGGCUUAACCCUAGGAGGAAAUGUUUGUGGUCUGAGGAGUUAAAUUCAAGCAACCAUACUUCUGUUGUUGAGACAAGGUCUCCCUCUGUAGCCCAGGCUGGCCUUGAAUUCAGUCCUUCUGCCUCAGACUUAGCAAGUGCUAGGAUUUCCAUGCCGAGGAAAUUUUUAAACAGCAAGAUGAACUACGUAUCUGAAGCCGAGGGGAAGAGGUGCCAUGAUAAAAGAUAGCCAAGCACAGGAAUGCAGACUACAGAGUUACCUCUAGGUUGUCAGUGUACUUUUAGCAUCUGAAUUUAGUCAUAUGAUGACAGAGGUGCCUUGUGAGGCGGUAGAAGGGAUAGACAGUAUGUAAAAUUUCUCCUUAUUUAUAAAUGGAUUAAUGUGAAUUUUA